GAGCGUAGUGCUGAGGCUGAGUCCGUAGUGGAUGAUCUUCGGCGCUGUCGACGACUAGCGCGGACAGCCAAAUUCCACUAUCACCACCACCACAACCACAGCAGGAGCAGCACCUAUUACCGCCAUUUUCGCUGCAGUCACCGCAGCAGCCACCCCAGACACAAUACACACCUCAGACACCACACACACCGCCGACACCACAGCCACAGCCGUCGCGCACUAGUAUGGAUGUCAGCGGACUGGCCAAGACGCGGUCACUGCUGCGCGACAAAAUGUCUCUGUUCAAUCGCGCGAAGCAAAAGGCGCGCAACAAGCUGCGCGGGUUCCACGAGCCCCACGACGACUCAUCGGUCGAGUCCUCGCCCACAGCAACGACACCCGCUUCAAUUGCCGCUGCCGACCCGUGGUAGCCACAGCCACAACCACAGCUACGGCCGCCCCUGCCCCUGCCCCUGCCCCUGGCCCUGCCCCUGCCCUGCCCCUGGCCCUGCCCCUGGCCCUGCCCCUGGCCCUGCCCCUGCCCCUACCCCUGCCACCAAUGGUGCUGCUGCUGUGGCUCCUAGUCGCGGGGAUCCAGCAGAUACAAUGAGGGAGGAGGUGCGGCCAAAGACACCGGAUUUGCCGGCGAAUCUGCCCUUGGUGGGGCAGCCUACGGUCUCUGAUCUGGAUAAGCCGCUGCCGGCCCUGCCUGUGGUGCCGUUUUCGGAGGAUACGGAGGGGAGCCGCGAGUCCAUUCUUUCGCAGGACACGACCAAUGGUGGAAUAGUUGCCAGCGCUUCCUCUGCAUCGGCUGCUUUGUUGGCAAAGCCCCCGGCGGGAGUGCGUGAUCGCAAGGCACAAUUGCGCGCCAAACUCAAGACUGCCAGUAAACGGCUUGCGGAAUCCCAGAAACAGCAGCAGCAAGAUGGUCGUCCAGAAUCAUUCAAUGGUGUUGUUGGUGGGGAUAAGCGCGGGUCAUCGGAGAUCUCUGUCAAGAGGUCUUCCGUCAAGCGGCGUACUUCGGGGUUGCAGCAGGCGCUGGAUCUGCUUUCGUCAGAAGUUGUUCCGAAAAACUCACCGCCGAUCCGCGUGCUUGUUGUCGAGGACAAUUUGAUCAAUCGCACGGUCAUGGAGCGGUUCCUGCAGCUGAUGCAUGUGCAUUAUGAUGUGGCGUCUAACGGGGAGGAGGCUGUAGCAAUGUGGUCGUUGGCUGCUGCUGCCGUGUCGCCGCCGUCGGCUGGGCAAGGCGGGGGGCUGGGCCGCAGUGGGCCGUAUCAUAUUGUGUUUAUGGAUAUACAAAUGCCCAUUAUGGACGGGAUUGCGGCGACCAAGCUUAUUCGCGGUUUGGAGCGGGAGCGGCGGAUUGGAGUGUGGGCGGACCAUGGGUCUGUCGCGUGGAUGGCGGCGUCUGCUGCAGCAGCAGCUGCGACUGCAGAACCCGACGCCAUCGGUACUGGUCCCGGAGCUGGACCCAUGUCCGGACCUGCCAAGUUCUUGGGUUGGCGCUCCACAAAGGCGUCUGUGCGCUGGCAGCCCAAUGGACCCCGGGCGUCUGCCGAUGUCUCAGCGGUAAGGCAGAAUCUACCAUUGGUGAAGAGUCCGGUUAUUAUCGUUGCCCUGACGGCUUCCUCGUUGAAGAGCGAUCGGCAUCAGGCGCUGGCUGCCGGAUGUAAUGACUUUUUGACCAAGCCUGUGUCUCUGGAGUGGCUGAGUAAGAAGAUCAUGGAGUGGGGGUGUAUUCAGUCUUUGGUCGACCAUGAAGGAUGGCAGAGGUGGCGAUCGAUGCGCGAGAAAAAGGGCGUGGGUGUUGCUACUGAGUUGAGUUGAGUUGUUGAGUUGAGUUGAUUUGAUUUGAUUUGAUUCGGGUUGGGUUGUAAUUUAAUACAAGAAAAUAAGCAAUUUUCAUUUUCAUUUUUUUUACUUUUUGGUUGGGGAGGAGUAGAUGGGAAAAAGAAAGGCUAGCAGGCACGCA